AUGAAAUACAAAUAUAAUCCAUCGUUAAGAGAACUGCGUUUUAGUUUCAAUCAUCGAUUAAGGCAAUAUCUUCUGGAAAAUACUUUGGAUGGCGUUCAAUAUUUCGUGGAUCCUACGAGACCUAAAUGGGAAAGAGUAGUAUGGUUUCUAUUAACAUUGGCAUCAGUAGCGGCGAUUGUAGCUAUAAUCAUCAUUAUUUUGGACAAGUUUCAAACAGAACCAACCAUAACUGGAUUGGACAUAAUGACAGACCACAUUAACAUUGAAUUCCCUCAAAUCUUUGUUUGUUUUGACUGGAACCAUAUGAAUUAUUCGUAUAUACCUCAGAAUGAAAUGUAUAUGUACGAAGCAUUGUACAAUUGGAAUUUCGAAAAACAUGUUGAUUUAAAAUCGUUUCAUCUUAUUUACAAAAAUAAAAACAAUUUUCGUAAGAUUUUUGAAGCAAUGAGUCCAGAUUGUGAUUCCUUAAUUAGUGACUGUGAAUACAGGGGAAUAGGCACAUCAUGUGAUAAAGUAUUUACAAAAGUAACUACUUCUGUAGGUACAUGUUGUAAAUCUAAAAAUUUGGAACCACUUAAAAUUAUGGAUAUUUCGUGGAGUUUUGAAUUCAGAACUCCUAGUGCAACUUUUCCUUUGAGAUUUUAUUUUACACAAAAUGAUUCGAGCCCAUUUCCGAGUGAAAGGCCAGUAGUAAAAGUUCAUUUUCCCGUAAAUGUUGAAUUUAUCGUUGAUAUAACAUAUACAACUCCUGACAUUCGUUAUUUAUCUCUCCGACAACGAAAAUGUUAUUAUAAACAAGAGGAUGUAAACUUUAAUGAUUGCGAAAUCAACUGUUUUAUCGACAAAUUAUAUAAACAUUGUAAAUGUUUACCAUGGUUUUUAUCAUUUGUCGAUAAAACAGAAUGUUCAAUUUCAAAAUAUUUCUGCUUAAAAAAUAUUAAUAUUGAUGCAGCUCAAUGUAAUUGUUGGAUCUCGUGUGAUCAUGUAUCGUAUAGUGUAAGAGAGAUACAAAAGUCACCAAGAAGCGUAAAUCGAAUUGUAUUAAGAAAUUGGCCUACAGCUCUUUACAAAAGGGAAAUGCGAUUCGGUUAUUUAGAUCUACUUGUAUCAUUCGGAGGUAUUGCAGGUCUUUUUUUGGGAUAUUCUUUAUUAACCUCUAUUGAAUUUGGAUAUUAUUUUACGCUUAGAACUUACUGUGGUGCUGUGGUUCAAUUAUCUCGAAAACAGUAUAAUAUUGUGACUGUUCACGUAGUAGAGAAACUUCCAAAGAAAGUAGAUAUUAAUCCCAAAUAUUAUCAAUAUGUUGACUAA